UCUGUUCUCUCUGCAAAGAGAAAACAGUUGGGGCAUUUUUCGUCACUGACUGUGCUACAUCUGGUCGUAGUAUCUCGAGCGGUCUCAUGUAAUGAAACCUCAUUCAUUCAUUUUCCGGCACAUUUAGCUUCUCUUUGUUCGCAAACUCGGCGCGGUGUUUGAGGCGCAGAGCUCCGCCAUUCUUUCGGACGUUGGUUAGUGUAUGCCUCGGUGACUGUCGGUUGCAGGCUGGGCGGUGACAGCACACUACAAUGAUCGAGCGACCAGAAACUGCGGUUCCUAGCAUCGCUCAGCGGAACCUGGAGGGCUAUGUGGGCUUUGCCAAUCUCCCCAACCAGGUGUACCGGAAGUCAGUCAAAAGAGGCUUCGAGUUUACGUUAAUGGUUGUAGGUGAGUCUGGACUUGGGAAAUCAACCCUCAUCAACUCUUUGUUCCUGACUGAUCUGUACUCAAAGGACUACCCCGGGCCCUCUCUGCGCAUCAAGAAGACUGUACAGGUGGAGCAGUCCAAAGUGCUGAUCAAAGAAGGAGGGGUCCAGCUGACACUCACCAUUGUCGAUACACCAGGGUUUGGAGAUGCAGUGGACAACAGCAACUGUUGGCAGCCAGUCAUAAACUACAUUGACAGCAAGUGUGAAGACUUCCUGAAUGCAGAAUCCAGGGUAAAUCGCAGAUCCAUGCCAGACAACAGAGUCCACUGCUGCCUGUACUUCAUUGCACCGUCUGGACAUGGUCUGAAGCCGCUGGACAUUGAGUUCAUGAAGAGACUCCAUGACAAAGUCAACGUCAUCCCUCUUAUUGCAAAAGCUGACACCUUGACCCCUGAGGAGUGCCAGCUUUUUAAAAAACAGAUCAUGAAAGAGAUACAGGAGCACAAAAUCAAAAUUUAUGAAUUCCCAGACACAGAGGAUGACGAGGACAACAAGCUCAUCCGAAAGAUAAAGGAGAAGAUGCCUCUGGCAGUAGUCGGCAGCAAUGUGGUGAUUGAGGUGAACGGAAAGAAGGUCAGAGGUCGCCAGUACCCGUGGGGCGUGGCAGAAGUGGAGAACGGCGAACACUGUGACUUCACUGUGCUGCGCAACAUGCUCAUCAGGACUCACAUGCAGGAUCUGAAGGACGUCACUAACAACGUCCACUAUGAGAAUUACCGCAGUAAGAAACUCGCGGCCGUCACCUGCAACGGAGUGGACACUUCCAAGACCAAGGGGCAGCUCACUAAGAGUCCCCUGGCACAGAUGGAGGAGGAGCGGCGGGAGCACGUGAUGAAAAUGAAGAAGAUGGAGGCCGAAAUGGAGCAGGUGUUCGAAAUGAAGGUGAAGGAGAAGAAGCAGAAACUAAAGGACUCGGAGGCUGAGCUGGAGCGGCGCCACGAACAGAUGAAAAGGAACUUGGAGGCCCAGUACAAAGAGCUGGAGGAGAAGAGGCGAGUGUUUGAGGACGAGAAGGCCAACUGGGAGGCUCAGCAGAGGAUCCUCGAGCAGCAGAAACUGGACGCCUCCAAGACGAUGGAAAAGAACAAGAAGAAAGGGAAGAUCUUUUGAAGAGAGAGACAUAACCUGUCCCCCUCAAUUUUACACCGACUCAGUUUUUUCUUCAUUCUGCCUGAAGCUCACGUCUCCUGUGACCCUCAGAACACACGCACACACACACACACACACACCAUUAAACACACACUGAGACAUGCAAAUACCCACAACAUCCCACACACGUGUUUCUCUGCAGGGUUUUACUAUGUUUCUGGAGACGUUAAGUCUUUUCCCGAGGAAUGCAUGUGUCUGUGAAAGUCUCUAUUUUCCUAUAUUUUCCUGACAAUGAGGAGAAGCCUGAGAUCCUCUGAGCUUACAGUACUGAAUAAACUCGUGGCAGGGACCAUGCAUAGCCAUUUGAACACAUGUAGUCCUCAUACCCUCUCUAGAUAUUCGUAGAUUUGCUUUCCUCGAUGCUCUCUUUUCUAUUGUUCUCGAAGGUAAAACGAGUGUAAACACUUUAAAAGGCUCAAAUGGUGAAAGACCUUGGUGAGAGUUAUGAGAAGAAGGCAGAGUGUAGGUGAGGGAAGGUACAGUAACGGAAAGCAGGCGGCACAGUGGACCAAGUCGUGUGGAAUCGAGGCCCACGUCACACCUGGAGUGGCUCAAAAAAAUACAGCAAACGUAAAGUUACUUUUAGCAAAUGCUUCUUUUGAGAAAUGUUCCAUUAGGUUGACUGGUGCCAAAUGUGUUUUUACGACAAGGGAGCUUUUGAACACGGCCUGCUUAAUGUUCGAAAAAUGUGGUUACUAGGCAACAGUGGUGUCCAGUCACCGAGUGUCUAGUUUGGUCAGUAGGGGGCGGUCAAGUGAGGAAAAAAACCCAAUGUUUUGAGCAAAAGAUAUGAUAUUUCACAUCACUUCAAAAUAAAAGUGUUUGUUUUGAUAGGGAUUGAUAAAUAUUCAUAAUACAAACACGUUUAUGAUGCAAAAUGAAUCUAUUCAUAAAAACGACAUCGAGAUGAAGACUGUUGGGAAACGUUCUGAAUACAAAUUGAACAAUCCCAAACUCAAACCUUCCUAUCUUGGCCAAGAACAACCUGUAAAAGAUUUUUAAUCUCACUGAAAUUACUGGAAAACAUCCACAGUGCUCCACAACUUUUUUAAAAAACAGACAAAUGCCAUGGAUUCAACUCAAAGUAAGUCAACUCAUAAAUGCCGUAGGGUUUAUUUUGCAGCGAGGUGAUGUGAAAGUUUCCUGUCAUCUGUCAUUGACUCCUACAGGAUAACAUGAGUCAGAUAAAACAUGUCAAAUGCUGGUGUGACUGGGCCUUUAGUGAUAGUUUACAGUGUUGCAGGUUUAGUUUUAUAAAAAGGUGACGUGUGAGGUCAUAGAUGCCGUGACCCGUACAGGUGGAUUUUGUGUAACAGCAGCCAGUGUAGUGUAAUGGUAGUGUGCGUUUCUUAUUUAAAAUAAAAAGAUAUUAUGCAAAAGCUUCACUGGUGUCACAGCUUCACACGUAAACAUGUUUUAUAUUGUGAUGUAAGUGGUGGGUGUCGUCAUGGACCUGAACCCCGCUCUCCGGUGAUAUUUUUGUUUUUUUUACUUUGGUUAUGCUAAAAAUAUACCCACAACUCUCUCUGUUUUUCAUCCAUUCAUCUGCAGACAGUUAAACUUGGGUCACAAAGUCCAGGUCUGAGCCAAUUCAGUUAGAAAUCGGCACACAUUUGAACCUUUGCUAAAACCUUCCCAGAGUUGUCAUGUUUUAUUUUCAUAUGACGAUGAUAUCAAUACUACAUACACACACACACAGUUGAGGAAUCUUUUCUUUUUUUUUCUUUCCCUUGUAGUUUUCUUAAGUAACUCUUAGAUGUAUCUGUUAUAUUUAGUAUAGUUUUUGUUUAGUUUCCAAACUAUCUGCAUUUAAUAGACCUUGCUAAAGGGAGAGACCUUAUACCCGCAGCUCAUUAAAUAUUGCCUGUUUGGAUUUGUUUAUGAUGGAAAUGCACAUAUUAGUGUACAUAGUGGAGGCUGCUCAGUGGCCUUUGUUUCUUGACUUUUUUUUCUUUUUUGUUUUGGCAACAGAUUUGUGCUCUCAACGAAACUCCACAUAACUUUUGUUUCCAUGCAUUAUAUACACACUUGCGCAUAUAUAUAUAUAUAUAUAUAUAUAUAUAUACUGUACACAUCUAUGCCAAUGAUUACACCUCCUCAGGACUGCUCCAUUAACUUUGCUAGUUUCUCUUUAGGUCCAGAGAAAGAGACGUUCUGUUGUACAAGUUUAAAGUAGAUUUUUCCCUCUUUUUUUUUUUUUUAGAUGCCCGUUGUGAACCACUCGCAUUUCCAAUAACAACGCCAUGUUAAGAUAAGAUAGGUUUAAGUUUAGGUGAACCUUUUUUUUUUGUUAUAUAUACUGUAUGUACACUGUUUUCUACUUCUCUUUUGUUUUUAUCAUGUGUUCUGACUCUAACUGUACAUGUUGAAUAUUAAAGUUGACAAGGUUAUGCUUUAA